AUGGCAAGCUCUUCAGCUGAAUGGCCCAUUGGGUGGAUCAUUUCCGAUCUCACCGAGUACCUCUAUACCGUGCCACUGCUCGGCCCCAAUUGCGUGCAGAGCAUAAAAGUCGGAAACGACGACGACCUCGUCUGGGCAAUGGGUGAGAUGCAUGGCAAAAGGAUCUUCCUAGUCAAUGCUACAAAGAAAUGGCAUGCCUAUGCAAGUGCUAACAUGAGACAAAGAUUCGGUAUCAAGAUCUUGUUCAUUGGAGGCACUUAUAUGCCGACCAACAGCCUGCAUCCCAUUGGUCAUUGCGAUUUGAAGAUGCCAGACAUUGACGAGCGCCGUUAUGGCCGCUUGGCAACAUCCAUCCCCGGAGACGACAUUGCGUCCUUGGCCAAGCUAAUUGGUGCCAAGGAUCGGGUUAUAGCCGGAACAAAGGAGGGACAAUUCAAUCUCGACGGAGUCAUCUGCCUGUGGUUUGAGCAAAACGCACAAGUCAGGAGUGGACUCACGUUGCCUCCCGCAACAACUGUUUCGUAUGCAGAAUGGCCAGGAGACAUGAACGACCAAAUGUGCUGCGGCAAGGAGUUUAACAGUGGGGGCUAUACCAACCAGAUUCCCUGCCUCAAAGUUUUGGGAGUUGCGGGAUACCGAGGCAGAGCCGACAACAAUGUAAUAUGGCUUAAAUACGCGACGCUCAGGAGCGCAGCCACCAUCUCGUGCAUGAUUUACGAAAUUGCACUUUGA